GUUUGAUUCCUGCCGCUCCUCGGCUCCUCGUCCUCCCCCUCCCCUCCCGCACUUCUCCUCCCUCCCAUUCCAGGGAAAGAGAAGCCACCACUGCGGGUGGGUAGAGAAGCGCUUGGCGUCUCCGGGAGGGAACUGACCCCGCCCCGUUUGAACCCCGGAUCACGGCCGGACGAGGUACCAGCUGCGGCUUCAACGGGGUCCGAGAGGCUAGAGCCUGAGGGAGGAAGUUGUGAGGCCAGUGCACUUUUGACUCAAUGGGGUUGAAUGGGUUACAAAAUAUCCUCCUAUGCUUGAGACCUACAGACUACAUGUCCUACAAGAACUAAUCAAUGGUUUUUCAUCUUCUGGAGAUACAUUAGAAACAUAAAUAUGGUGCCAAACGAACACCUUACCCUUCUCUGACUACGGUUUAUUUGAACAUACUUUUGUAUUGAAGAGAGGUAUACAGACUGAGGCUACUCGUGCAGAGACUGUCGUGUAGGAUCAUGGACCAUCCUAGUAGGGAGAAGGAUGAAAGACAACGAACAACUAAACCCAUGGCACAAAGGAGUGCACAUUGUUCCCGACCAUCUGGCUCCUCAACAGCCUCUGGGGUUCUUAUGGUGGGACCCAACUUCAGGGUUGGCAAGAAGAUAGGGUGUGGGAACUUCGGAGAGCUCAGAUUAGGUAAAAAUCUCUACACCAAUGAAUAUGUAGCUAUCAAACUGGAACUAAUAAAAUCACGUGCUCCACAGCUUCAUUUAGAGUACCGGUUUUAUAAACAGCUUGGCAGUACAGGUGAAGGUCUCCCGCAGGUGUAUUACUUUGGACCAUGUGGGAAAUACAAUGCCAUGGUGCUGGAGCUCCUCGGCCCUAGCUUGGAGGACUUGUUUGACCUCUGUGACCGAACUUUUACUUUGAAGACUGUGUUAAUGAUAGCCAUCCAGUUGCUUUCUCGAAUGGAAUAUGUGCACUCAAAGAAUCUCAUUUACCGAGAUGUCAAGCCAGAGAACUUCCUGAUUGGCCGACAAGGCAAUAAGAAAGAACAUGUUAUACACAUUAUAGACUUUGGACUGGCCAAGGAAUACAUUGACCCUGAAACCAAAAAACAUAUACCUUAUAGGGAGCAUAAAAGUUUAACUGGAACUGCAAGAUAUAUGUCUAUCAACACGCAUCUUGGCAAAGAGCAAAGCCGACGGGAUGAUUUGGAAGCCCUAGGCCAUAUGUUCAUGUAUUUCCUUCGAGGCAGCCUACCCUGGCAAGGACUCAAGGCUGAUACAUUAAAAGAGAGAUAUCAAAAAAUUGGUGACACCAAAAGGAAUACUCCUGUUGAAGCUCUCUGUGAAAACUUUCCAGAGGAGAUGGCAACCUACCUGCGUUAUGUCAGGCGAUUAGACUUCUUUGAAAAACCUGACUAUGAGUAUUUACGGGCCCUCUUCACAGACCUCUUUGAAAGGAAAGGCUACACCUUUGACUAUGCCUAUGAUUGGGUUGGGAGGCCUAUUCCUACUCCAGUAGGAUCAGUUCAUGUAGAUUCUGGUGCAUCUGCAAUAACUCGAGAAAGCCACACACACAGGGAUCGGCCAUCACAGCAACAGCCUCUACGAAACCAGACUGCAUCGUCAGAGCGCCGAGGAGAAUGGGAAAUCCAGCCCAGCCGGCAGACCAAUACCUCGUACCUGACGUCUCACUUGGCUGCAGACCGCCAUGGGGGAUCAGUGCAGGUGGUUAGCUCAACCAAUGGAGAGCUGAAUGUCGAUGACCCCACAGGAGCACACUCCAAUGCACCAAUCACAGCUCAUGCCGAGGUGGAGGUAGUGGAGGAAGCUAAGUGCUGCUGUUUCUUUAAGAGGAAAAGGAAGAAGACUGCUCAGCGCCACAAGUGACCAGUGCCUCCCAGCAGUCCUCAUGCCCUGGGGACUCUGACUUGAUUGCACCUGCAGCUCCUGCCAUUUCUCGUUGGAAGGGACUCCUCUGUGGGGGAGGGUGGAGAUCCAAACCAAAAAGAAAACAGAUGCCCCCAGAAGGAGCCAGUGCGGGGUAGCCAAGGCCCAGUGGGUCAGUGGCUGUCCCCACCUGCCUAAGGCUCUGAGCAGGUCCCAGAGCUGCUGCUCCCGCACUGCUUGCCCUCGGGGCUGCCUGGUUGACUCUCCUUCCUAUUGUUUACAGUGAAGGUGUCAUUCACAAAAACUCAAGGACUCCUAUUCUCUUCCCUCCCCUUAGUUUACUCCUGCUUCUUGCCCUGCCCUCAACCCCUUCCAGCAUAAAAGCUAGUGAGUUGAAGGCUUUGUCUGCUGAAGGAGCUCAAGAGGCUGGGGGUGGGUCAAGAAGGUAGGAGGAAGAUGGUGGACCUGGACUGGAGAAGAACCUUCUCCACCUGCCGGGUGUGUGCAGUGUGCUUCCUUCGUCCUCUGUGCCUGUGCAGCCUCCAUCCCCCACUGGCCACGGGGUGCAGGUUCUCCCUCCCUCCCUC